CAUCACUUGAUAUAUGGUUCGUGAAUAUUUUGGUUUAUACAUAUAAUCUCAUUUAAAAUAUAUAAGGUAGUUAUAGUGGAUCUCUAAAAUCUAGCUAUCACCAGAUUUUUUUGCUUCUAAUUGAUUUAUGAUAUUAAUCUACAUAUCUUUAGAGUUAUAUCACAAACAUGCAUAUGUGACUAAAUAGAAUAUGGUGCUGUUUAACAAUGAAACUAUUCACUUCUCCUUGGCAAAAAAAACUAUUCACUUCUUUAAGAGAUACAAAUCUAUUAUUAAUUCAAUACAUAUUAAAUGCAAUUAAAAAUUGUAUUUUAUAAUAUUACAAAGUUCAUCAAUUAUUAAUUUAUAACUAGCAAAAUAAAUGUUAAUAAGAGCAAUAAACAAAAUUACUAAAUAUGAAACAUUUUUGUUCUACACAGAAUAGUAUAAAUAUACAUACAUAAUAGUACAAAAUUAUAUUUUAUAACAGUAGAAUAAUCUUUAUUCAUCCUCGCUUGUUAUUACAUCAUCUCUUGGGUCACAAGAAUACUCUUCAUCAGCAUCUAGGUUGUCAAUUUGGAGAUUUCACACUUCUGGUGUGAUGCAUUUGUUUUGUUUUGUUGGGACGCUUUAAAAAGUUUUUAAGGAUAAGUCUUGAUUAGUUUUCAAUAUUGCAUCAUGUGUAGUCUUGCUUGUUCUCCGUAUCUCUGUGGUUUCCUAUGGAAUAGUUUUGAUAUUCAAAAAUGGGUUUUGUUUUUCAAUGUAACUUUAGGUUUCAACCGGUUCUAACUGCCAAGUGGAAUAAACUUGUUCCUACUUGAGUUUGAGUUUGUUUAUGAGAUGAAGGCCAUUAGAGGGUGGCGUCUAGGCAGAACAAGUCAUAUGCCUGGUGCUCGUCACCGUGCUCGUACAGAGAAGCCAGUAUGGAUUAUCGCAGUGGUUUCGUUGAUAAUAAUGUUUGUAAUUGGUGCUUACAUGUUCCCUCAUCACAGCAAAGCUGCUUGUUAUAUGCUUUCGUCUAAAGGUUGCAAGGGGUUUACUGAUUGGCUUCCAACCUCGCCGAGGGAGUUUUCUUAUGACGAAAUCACAGCUCGUGUAGUGACUAGGGAAGUCUUGAGCUCCCCUCGUGUUAUAAAAAAGACUUCUAAGAUUGCAUUUAUGUUCUUAACUCCGGGUACAUUGCCUUUUGAAAAGUUAUGGGAUCUCUUUUUCCGGGGUCAUGAGGGGAAAUUAUCUGUGUAUAUCCAUGCAUCAAAGGAUACGCCGGUUCACACCAGUCGUUACUUUAUUAACCGUGAUAUUCCAAGUGAUGAGGUGGUCUGGGGUACAAUAUCAAUGAUUGAUGCUGAAAGGCGUUUGUUGGCCAGUGCUCUUAGAGAUCCUGAGAAUCAGCAAUUUGUUUUACUCUCUGAUAGUUGUGUGCCACUUCGAAGUUUUGAAUACAUGUACAACUAUAUGAUGUUCAGCAAUGUCAGCUAUGUUGACGGCUUUUACGAUCCUGGUCGACAUGGAACCGGCAGGCAUACGGAUCACAUGUUGCCGGAAAUUCCAAAAGAAGAUUUUAGAAAGGGUUCACAGUGGUUCUCCUUGAAGCGUCAGCAUGCAAUAAUAACUGCAGCAGACAGUUUAUACUACUCAAAAUUCCGGGACUAUUGUGGACCAGCUGUAGAGAGUAACAAGUACUGCAUUGCGGAUGAACAUUACCUACCAACACUCUUCCAUAUACUUGAUCCUGGUGGCAUUGUUAACUGGACUCUGACAUAUGUUGAUUGGUCUGAGAAAAAGUGGCAUCCAAAAACAUACAUGCCCGAAGACAUCACGCACGAGUUACUGAAGAACCUCAUGUCCAUUGACACAGUUUCACACGUAACAAGUGACAGAACGGGUGUAGUAACAUGGACACAAUGCUUGUGGAAUGGAAUCAAAAGACCUUGUUAUCUCUUCGGAAGGAAGUUUCAUGCAGAUACUCUUGAUAAACUGAUCGAUCUUUUCUCAAACUACACAAGUAUACUGCAUAAACCUCAUUACAAGAUGUAACUCGUUACAUAGUCGGUUAAAGA